AUGUUAAGUGUUAUGACUCCAUUAAUUUUUGCCUCAAUAUUUGGUGAAUAUUCAAUAGUUCAUUUACUUUUAAAAUAUGGUGCUGAUCCUAAUAUAACAGAUAACUUACAUCGUUCACCUUUAAUACAUGCAAUUGAAAAUCACCACUUUUCUAUAUGUAAAAUUUUAAUAGAUUAUAAUGCAAAUGUUAAUUUACCAGAAAAAAAUGGAUAUACACCUUUACAUAUUGCUUGUAAAGAAAUAAAUAUCCAUACAAAAUUAAUUAAUCUUUUAAUAUCACAUGGUGCUAAUUGUGAUCAACUUGAUUUUAUGGGAAGAACAUGCAUUGAUAUUGUUAUUAUGAAAGAUUAUUUAACAGAUUACAAUAAUGAUGAAGAUCUGUCAAUGGAAGAAAAUAAUAAUAAACUUUUAGAUGUCUUUGAAACACUUGAAAUAUUAAUAUCAUCAAUGAAUCAUAAUAGUAAAUGUAAUUUAUAUAGAUUAAUUAUAAAGAAGAAAAUGUUAUCUGAUAUUACUAAUAAUUAUAGAGAUGAGCAAAACAUUUCAAGAAAAAUUUUAACAAAAUUUAUUCUCUCAUUGAUAACAAAACCAUUAUCAUUAAAAAAUAUAUCAAAACAAUCAUUAAAUUGUAUAAUAAAAAGAUAUUUGGAAAAAAAUUCAAAUGGAAGAUGGAAUGAAUUAGAAAAGUUAUAUACAAUCAUACCACUAGAACUUAUAGAUUAUUUAAAAUACAAAGAAUAUUUAUAUUAA